AUGGACGAUGAUGACGCCGUUGCGUGCUGUGGGUGCUUCGGCUCGACGCCCUCGAAGCGCUCGGCUGUGCGCGGGAAUGGCGCAGCUGGCCAAGGGCCUUCCUCCAACCCUCCUCCUCUGCGGCGCUUCUCCUACCGUGAGCUACAGCAGGCAGCGGGGUACUUCAAUGCGUCCCUGCAGCUGGGCAAGGGCAGCUUCGGGACCGUUUUUCGCGGGCAGGUGGACGAGUGGCUGGGAGAGCUGCCACGUGGCAGCAAGAGAGAGGUGGCGGUGAAGGUGCUUCACACUGAGAGCGUGAAGGCGUUUGAUGACUGCCUGGCGGAGAUCCUAGUGCUGGGCGAUCUGAGGCACCCCAACCUGGUGCAGCUGCUGGGGUACUGCAUGGAGGACAGCCGGGCCAUUCUGGUGUAUGAGCUGGUGGAGAGAGGGGACCUGCACCACUGGCUGCACCCAAUCGACCUCUCCCCGGACAGCCCGUGUCUGACAUGGGAGCAGCGCGUGCACGUGGCAGUGGGCAUGGCGGAGGGCUUGGCAUAUCUGCACGGGCAGAACAUCAUUCACCGUGACUUCAAGUCCCAUAAUGUCAUGCUGGACAGUGAGCUGAGGGCAAAGGUGACGGACUUUGGCAUGGCCACACGGGGACCGGAGGAGGGAAAGACGCAUGUGUCGACUCGUAUCAUGGGCACCCUGGGGUACCUCGACCCUGACUAUAUCGACACAGGUCACCUCACCCCUCUGAGCGAUGUUUUCUCCCUGGGCGUGGUUCUCCUCGAACUGCUCACCGGUCGAUCCCCCGCCAUCACCACCACGCACAACCGCCUCUUCCCCUGGAUCCACAAACAGCUGGCCCGGGGUAAAAAAGGUGCGGGAGGGGGGGGAGGAGGGGGGGAUUCCGCAUCAGCAGCAGCGGCAGCAGCAGCAGAAGGUAGAGAAGAGCAGCAGCAGCAGGGGCAGCAGGAGGGGAGGAAGGCGGAAGGGUUUCAUAUAAGCCAGGUGGUGGACCCACGGCUGAAGGGGCAGUUCUCAGCGGGUGCAGCGAAGAGGCUGCUGCUGGUGGCGCUGCAGUGCAGCCAGGAGGAGCCGAGCAAGCGACCUGAGAUGAGCCUCGUUGUGCAAAAAUUGAAGGAGAUCGCUGCUGCAGUAUUCCACGAUGGCACCAAGGAGUGGAUGUGCUGCCACAAGCAAAGCCACGAUUUCUCGCUCUUCCUCUCCAUCCCAGGCUGCAAGCGCGGGAAGCACACCACAGAGAAGCCCAAGCCAUCAACCCCUGCAGCACCAUCGCCAGCACCAGCAAUGCCAUCCCCAGUUCGAGCAACAGGAGUGACAGCAGAGGCGGCAACUGCGGCAACAGCAGCACCAUCAGCAGCAGUCUCAUCAUCCGCAGCAGCAUCGUCGCAGCAGCAGGCAGCGUGCAAUCGGUGCUCUCAGGGCUUCUUCUGCUCUGAUCACAGUGCACGGCAAGCUUCCUCUGCUGCUGCUCCCCCCCAGCCCUCCCGGCCACCCUCGUGGGACAUCAAUGCAGAGCGCACGUGCAGCAACAAGGGGUGUGGCGCCAAGUACCGGGAGAUAGACAACAGCGAUGGCGCCUGCAAGCACCACCCGGGCCCCGCUGUUUUCCACGACAGAAAGCGAGGGUGGCAAUGCUGUGGAGUAUUUGUGAACGAUUUCGACGAGUUCAUUGCCGUUCCGCCAUGUGCUACUGGCUGGCACACUGAUGAGGUGUAG